AUGGCAGCCUCCCAGCUGGACCUGCCGGACUCGCCGCCUCUCCCACCCCUGCCAUCGACCAACUCCAGCCCAUCUCUCUCGCGCUCUCCGACAAUCAAGGCAUACACGGCGCAGCAGAGCGGCACCAUUGCCCGUUCAAAGCCGCUGCCGAGUCCGGCGGCGCUGGCAGGCGUCGAGUCGGCCGUGGCAGGACCAUCGAGCGAGGGGGUGUUGGCGGACGGCGCGAAGGGCGAGGCUAGCUCUGCGGCGAGCGACGCUUUGCUGGACGCAAGCUUGAUACCCAAUCCGCCACUCCCUUCACACCUCGCUCCCUUCCUCUCGCCCACUUCGCCCCUUUCUCCCACCGACAAGCGCCAACUCUUCACAUCCGUCUUCCUACGUUCCGCCUCGGCCGGAAACGCCGAUACCCUCGAAUGGCUCCUCUCCCUCCCCGUCAACCCUUCCCUCAGUACAGCCGAGAAUGCCGCGGCUCAGCGACGCUUCUCGCUUACCGCCGCGACACUCAACAAUCUAGACACGCUGGGAGACGCGCGGGAAGAGGGACAGACAGCCGAACUGGAUUUGCCAGAUGAGGCGCCGCGGAAAUGGGUUGAUCUGGAGGCGCAGGACGAGGAAGGGAACCCGGCACUCGUCCUUUGCGUCGCGUUCGGCCAUGCGGAGUGCGUACGAGUGCUAGUCGAAGGAGGAGUGCGGGUAAAUCAGGUCGAUCGGGCCGGCUGGACCCCCCUCCAUUGGGCAGUUCAAAGCAAUGACAUCCCAAUUGCCUCCUACCUCCUCAACCACCGCGCCUCGCCCCUCCUCGCAUCCCGCAAAGGUCUCACAGCGCGCGAUCUCGUCAAAAUCGGCUCGGAAGGGUUCGCCAUGAGGGAAGUGCUGACUUCGGCGUGGGAGGCGGCGCUGGAGCGGGAACGGGCUGCACAACGGGCGGAAGAGGGCGUGGGGUGUAAGGGCAAGGGAAAGGAGGCGGAUGAGAGCGCGGGGAUGGCGAGGUCCGAGUCGAGGUUGAGUUUGGCGGCGAGCGAGGCGUUGAGCUUGUCGUGGGAAGAACGGGAACGGGAGAAGGCCGAGGAGCAGGAGCGCGAGAAGGAGGGACGGAGACGGAUGCAGCUUGCGAUGGAGAGCGCGCAGAAUCUGGAGCUGGACCUGGCGAUGCUGAGCUUGGAGGACGGUCGGCGAAUAGAAAACGAAGCGGACUCAGAUUCGGAAGAAGGGGCCGGCUCGCCGUUCGACUGGCAGCGAUGUCAGCUGGACCAGAUGCUCGUGUUCUCCCUCGCCGACCUGCCGGUUAUCCUCGACGUUGUGAUCACGACGAUCAAGCCCGUUCGGACACGCAAGUACCGCGUAAUCCCGGCCAACGUCCUCUUCCUCUGCGCCCGCUUCGCCCACCACCACGGCAACGCCGAGCUCUUUGACGAGCUGCUCUUCGGCGCGCUCGAGCGUAUCGAAGCGGCCGUCCAUGACCGACCACACGACAUGUCUGUCUGCGCCUUCUGGCUCUCGAACUGCCUCCUCUUUCUCUACUACCUCCGCAAAGAGCCCAGCAUCGCUGCCGCCUCGUCAGAGUACCAGACGCACUUUGCCGACCUCAUCAACGAGAUCUUUGUCUUCAUCAUCCGCGACGCCGAGCGACGAAUCGACCGGGUCCUCGAGCCGGCUUUGCUUGACCACGAGGCCUUGCCAGGGUUCGAGGACGUCGCUUUCGAGGACGAGUGGGCGUCGACGCGGUUUGUCAAGAAGUUGACGGGGCGAGGGAAGAAGGGCGGAAUCCGCAACUCGACGAGCGCGAGGAGCAUCUUCUCCGAUGCAGGUUCCGUCUCGUCCGUCGGCGGGUCGAGCGUUGGCGAUCCCAGCUCGCCGCCGCGGAACCGACUCGUCUCGGCCAGCCAGGUCGCGCCGAGCGACGCGGCGCCGAACGACAUCACCGCCCUCCUCACGGCGACCCUGUUCGUCUUGCAGGCGUACGAGAUUCCGCCCAGCAUCAUCGUCCAGGCGUUCUCCCAGCUCUUCUACUGGAUUGCGUGCGAGGUUUUCAAUCGUCUGCUCACACAGCGCAAGUAUCUCUGCCGAUCUCGCGCGAUGCAGAUCCGCCUGAACGCCUCGACGCUCGAGGACUGGGCGCGCGCGAACCGCCUCCCGACAAAAAUGGUGGCCAUCCACUUCCUCCCCCUCAACCAGCUCCUCCAGUGGCUGCAGUGCCUCUCGUCCGAGUCCUCCAUCGAUGGCCUCAUCAGUACCGUUCAAAGCUUGCGCGCGCUCAAUCCGCUGCAGCUUAGGAAGGCCGUGCGGGAUUAUCGGUACGAGGUGGACGAGCGGAAGAUGGAUGAAGACUGUGUCGAGUAUCUCGUGCAGAUACAGAAGCAGUGGGAGCGGAACAGGGCCCAGAAGGAGGCGGCAGCAGUGGCGGCGCAGGAGCAGGCGUCAGACGCGGCGCACGGAGCAGCGCCGCUCGAGGAGGAGGCGGCGCCUUCGACACCUGACGAUGUCGGCCGCAUGAUCGACGACGCCUUUCGAGAUCCGGACUCGUUCGGUUCUUACACGCCGCCCGGAGGAACCGAGACGCUGAGUGAGCUGCUCAACUCGCGAUACAUGCUGCCCUUCGCCGUGCCGACCUCUGCCGACAUGCUCAUCCACUUCGACCAGCCUGACGCGUUCGGUCCUUUCGCCGGCUCUCGCCGUCCCCUCUCUCGCUCCCGCUCCUCCUCGGGCGCUACGACUCCCCGCUCUCGCCUUUCCCUCUCCUCCGUCUCCCGCAUGUCUUCUUCCGCAUCAGUCGUUAACGGCCUCUCGACUCCUCAGACCGAAACCUCCUCGCUCGCCGCCACCAGUCGACGAGAACCUUUCGCCCCAACUCUGCCAGACGACUUCUUUGCCGUUCUCGACGCCGCGAAGGCCAAGAUCGGCAGGGGCCAGCUCGUCCCGUCCGCGAGUGCAGCGUUGCUAGCCAGCGUCAAGGGUUUCAGCACGCCUGACUUGACGCUGGCAGACGGGAAGGAGUGGUGGGGUGGAGCGAACGGUGCGAGUCACGACACGGAUGAGGAAGAAGACGAAGCGACGGACGAAGCGGAGCAGAGCUUCGACUCGAAUGCGUCGGUCGUCGAGUACGGUGGAGACGCCCGAAGUCGAGGAGGGAGCGUCGAUCCGGAGUCUUCAUUUGAGUCGACUGGGGCGGAAGAGACGCCGCGCAUGCCGAGUGGCUUCCAGCAUUAG